AAACAGUUUAUGCAAUUUUUAUAUAUUGUUAUAAGUUUGUCAAGGUAUUUAUCAUAAAAUAGCUUAUAAAAUUAUAAUUUUCACUAAUGUGAAUUUAUAAAAUAGCAUAAAACCUAAUUUAUAUUGCAUAAGUUCUAAAAUAAGCGGGCCAAACAAGUAAUCUUCUUAAUUUUUUUUUUGUUUACAAUGAGCUAGAGAUCAAACCCAAAUCUAAAGUAUACUGCCCAAACUCCUCACCACUAGACCAACUUUAGUGGCUUAAAAACUUCUUAAUUUUACUCUACAGGUCUACACUGUGUUUAUAUUUUGGGUCUUCUUAACAAGUUAAGAUAUACCAAAAUAGAAAUUCAACAUUUAAUGAUACAAGAAAUUUAAUGCUUCAAAAGUCAAAAUGCACAAAUUAACAUUUAAUAAUUUUUAUUUUUGCUUUCUUAACAUGUGCCUUAAGGGUAGGAAACAGUUUUCCAACUUUUUUCGUGCAAUUUAAUGGUCGUGACCUCUCUUUUCCUGGAAACCUCACUUCACUCUUCAUUACUAUUUCAAAACCUAAAUUCACUCCAAAUAAAUAUCCAAAAGAAAUCGGAACACUCUCAUUAGUCAUCACCCUUAUCUCACUUACUCUCUCUAUACCUCCGCUCGUGUCGCAACAAAUUCUAUUCCCAAACAACAAACUCCCUAUUACCAACUCCCUCCCUUCCUCAUUUUCAUACAGCCGCCGCAUCUCCACUCUCCAUUUCUGUUGCAUGGAAUGGCUGAAUACCGCUCACCACCGUUAAAUAUCUGGACAGACGACAACUCAUCUGUCAUGGAAGCUUUCAUGAGUACAGCCGAUCUCUCCAAUCUAUGGCUUCCAACACCACACUCCGCUACAUCAACAACAACCACACCAGCAGCCGACACGAAUCGACAACAACAACCACCACAACAGCAGCCUCUUUUCAAUCAAGAGACUCUCCAACACCGUCUUCAAGCUUUAAUUGAAGGCGCAAAACAGAAUUGGACUUACGCCAUCUUCUGGCAGCCGUCUUAUGACUAUUCUACCGCCACGCCACUCCUCGGCUGGGGAGACGGAUAUUACAAAGGCGAAGAUGACAAAGAAAAAGCCAAAAGAGUUACUAGAACCAUUACGCUUGAAGAACAAGAGCAUCGCAAACAAGUUCUACGUGAACUUAAUGCUUUAAUUUCUGGCUCCUCUGGCUCUGACGAUGUUGUUGACGAAGAUGUCACCGACACUGAGUGGUUUUUUCUCACUUCAAUGACACAAUCUUUCGUCAACAACAGCGGAUCAUUGAGCCAGGCAUACUUUAAUUCCACUCCGGUGUGGAUCGCCGGAGGUGAGAGGCUUUCUGGUUCCAACUGUGGACGAGCCCGUGUAGCACAUGGUCACGGGCUUCAAACCUUUGUAUGUAUACCAACGCCGUCUUCAAACGGCGUCGUUGAGCUUGGUUCUACGGAGGUAAUUCCAUAUAGCGCUGAGUUAAUUGAAAAGAUUCGUGUUCUGUUUAAUUUCAGCAAUCCUGAAGGAGGAUCCUGUCCGUUGAAUUCCGUUGUAACUGGUCAAAGUGAGAACGAUCCUUCCUCUGUUUGGCUCAACGAUCUCUCUGGUUCUGCUGCGAAUGAAAUUCCAGAUUCCGUUAACGCCGCUAACGCAACCGUUUCUGCAAAAACGUUGCCGUUUGAAACAAAUGGUUCUUCCAGUACUUUAACGGCAACACCAAGCGUCGUCGCUCAGCGUCAGAACCAGAACCAGAGUUUCUUCCCGAAGGAACUGAAUUUUUCGAAUUCACUGAAACCAGAAUCCGGCGAGAUUUUGAAUUUCGGUGAAAGUAGAAAGAAUUCUUACAGCGCCGGUAACGGUAAUUUCUUUACCGGUCAGUCACAGUUUGCUGCCGGUGAAGAAAAUAGAAAAAGAAGGUCGCCUGCGUCUAGAAACAGCAUUGACGAUGGAAUGCUUUCGUUCACUUCCGGCGUACUCUUACCGGCUUCAAAUAUGAAAUCCGGCGGCGGUGGAGGCGGAGAUUCCGAUCAUUCGGAUCUAGAAGUUUCCGUUGUAAAGGAAGGUGACAGCAACAGAGUACUGGAACAAGAGAAGCGGCCACGGAAGCGAGGACGAAAACCGGCCAACGGAAGAGAAGAACCAUUGAAUCAUGUUGAAGCAGAAAGACAGAGAAGAGAAAAGCUUAAUCAAAGAUUCUACGCUCUACGCGCGGUGGUUCCAAACGUUUCGAAAAUGGACAAAGCUUCACUUCUCGGAGACGCAAUUUCUUACAUAAAUGAAUUGAAAUCAAAGCUUCAAGGACUUGAAUCGUCAAAAGGUGAAUUAGAGAAACAAUUAGAUACAACUAAAAAGGAACUUGAACUAGCAAGCAAAAAUCCAAUUCCAUUAGAUAUAGAAAUUGAAAAAACAAGCUCUAAGCUGGUUGAUUUGGAGAUAGAUGUGAAGAUUAUGGGUUGGGAUGCAGUGAUUAGGAUUCAAUGUAGUAAGAAGAAUCAUCCCGCGGCGAAGUUGAUGGCGGCAUUGAAAGAAUUGGAUCUUGAAGUGAAUCAUGCUAGUGUGUCUGUAGUGAAUGAUUUGAUGAUUCAACAAGCUUCGGUUAACAUGGGAAGUCGAUUUUACACUAAGGAACAGCUUUCAUCUGCUCUUUCUUCCAAAAUUGGUGAUGCACAAUGAGAUUAUUUUAUGUAAAAUUUUUAUGUUCUUUCUUCUGUUUUUUAGAUUUUUAGCUAGUACUAGUACUUUUUUGUUAGCUUAUUUUAGAUUUUUGAGGUAAUUUUAUUGUUGGGUGUGAUGGAUGAAGUAGUAGUAUUAGGGGACAUCUUUUAUUCAUGCCUAUGGGGGACAUUUUCUCUUUUUUUAGGUAAUUUUUUUUUUGUGUUGAGUACAUAUAUGUUUCUCAAUUAUCAUAAAUGUGAACUCUACUUCAUCAACUUUCUGGGAUAUUAAUAUUAUUAUUAACUAUGAAGCUUAUGAAUCCUUUAUUGUGAUA